AUGGAUACCACCGAUGCUGCUUUAAAAUUCUUGGUCAGUGGUCCUAUAACUCUUCCAAUGAUUGCUUACGUAGCUCAAAAAGCCGCUGAAGUGAUCCCAUGCGACCCUCUACCGAUUAACAAACGACAAGACCAAUCUAAAAAUAUAUCACGUAAUGUUGGUGAAGAUGACUAUCAACCUUUACCUCCUUUAAUAUCAUUCAUACAACGAUUGGUUGUAAAAUCAAACGUUUCAACUGCUACUUUUCUUACUACCGUUGUUUACUUGGCUCGUCUGAAAAAUAAAUUACCAAAACUUGCAAGAGAUCUUGUUACACCACGUCGGCCGAAAAAUCAAUGGGGAUUGUAUAAGCGAAUCCGAAUGCAUUGUACUCGUCAUAGAGUUUUUCUCGCUACCCUAAUAGUUUCAUCAAAAUAUUUGAAUGACUCCUCACCUAGAAAUAAAUAUUGGGCUAGAUUCUCCGGUGUAUAUUCCGUUUCAAAAGUUAAUCUUAUGGAAAGACAAUUACUAUCUUUAUUAGAUUAUGACCUUCGAAUACAUAAAUCGGAUCUAGAUUUACAUCUUGGCCCUUUAUUAAAAUUAAUGCCUCGAUUAAAUUUCAAUCUUCAUGCAUCAAUAAGACCUGAUCCUCCUCAGAGAGUUCCAUCUUUAAAGCAUCAUCAAAGAUCAGCUUCUCAUCCCGUUAAUAAUCAUCAAAAAACUUCUUAUCCACGUCUUCAAAUAUAUACUUCUCCUCAUGGUAGAACUCCUCCAAGACGACAAAAUUCCUAUCAAUCACGUGUUUUGAACCAAUCAGAAAUGUGA